UAAUAGCUCACGAACCCAUUAUUGGAGCGUAAAUUGCUCCAAAAAACGCAGAAUUUCAGUGCAAUUUCUCUCAGUCGAGUGGCAAACAUGGCAAUGGACCAAUGUCGCAUCUGCUUAUCCAGCGACGAAGAGUGUCCCGCAAAAAUCACCGAUCAAAUAGAGGACCAACCAAUUUUUGAAAUCUUAAAUUCCCUAUCGCCAGUCGUCCAAAUUGCCCUGGACGAUGGAUAUCCACAGCAAUUGUGCCAGAAUUGCGUUGAUCGACUCUCGGAUGUCGUGAAUUUUCGCUUAGAUGUUGAAAAGUCCAAUGAAAUCCUGAAAAAUCCAUCUGUACGAGUGAAAAUUGAGGAAAAUCAAUCGGAAAUGGGAGAAGGAAAGACAUCCGGUAGACGAACUAGGUCGACAAAUGUGGUGUAUGACACGGAUUUCUUGAUGGAAGAACAGGAAAUCAAAGAGGACGAAGAAGAUUUUUUAAUGGAGGAGGAAGAUGAUGACACAGACGAUGGGGAAACAAGUCCGAAACGAAAAAAUCAAAGACCAGGAAAGAGAAAAUCUCCAAAAAAAUCACCAAAAAAGCUGGGAAUCGAUCUCGCAGCGUGUUGUUGCUUGUGUCAGACCAAAGUUAAAGAUGAACACGAACUUCGAUCUCAUGUCGAUUCCAUGCAUGCGACAGAAAUUGAAAAUUUCCUGCAAUCUUCUGACUUUAACAAGCUCACUUUGCGACACAAGUACGAAUGCGAAUUUUGUCGACGAAGAUUUUUGCGAAAAGGAUCGUUGGACAAACACUUUUACACACCAAAUUUCGAAGAACCACCGAGAAAGAGAAAUCCAUCGACGCCAAAGAAACGAACAAAGACCGGGGAUCAAGGUGCUGUUUGCACAAUUUGCGGGAAAUUAUAUUACGACAAGUACGAUUUGGAGUUGCACGAGUUACGGAUGCAUGCCACAGAAAAACCGAUUGUAUGUCCCCAUCCGGGAUGUGAAAAACGAUUUGCAGCGGAAAAAUUGAUGAAAAAGCAUUUUAGAUUUCAUGGAGAGAGAAAACAUAUUUGUGAGACUUGUGGCAAGGGCUUUAUUGAGCCAAAUGACUUGCGAAAUCAUUCCUACGUACACAAGAAAAUUAAACCCCUGCAGUGUCCCUUAUGUCCUCGUACCUUUACCCACAAACCAGUAUUGGAAACACACAUUUUAUCGCAUUCCGGUCAAAAUGUGUUCGCAUGUGAACAAUGUGAUAAGACUUACAAAUGGAAAGAAGACCUAAGAAAACAUUUUAUGGCAGAACAUCUUGGAAUUUUUCCAUACAAGUGCAAACAUUGCGGAAAAGGCUACACCGGCAGCUCAAAUCGCACGUACCAUGAAAAACGUUGUACCAAUAACGUGCUAAAGGCGGAAGAACUGCCUACGAUCUCCGAGGACAUCACUCCUCACACAAUAAUUUUGACGUCAAACCAUAACAUGACGCUGGCUGACCUAACUGGCAUCUAAAAAACCCCAAAUUUAAGUCACUGUACGAAAAUUAAAUGAAUUUAUUACUCUUUGUAUAACAUUUUUCUGUGUUUUAACAUUAACUUAACAUUUAAUCAAGGCGAUUUUUGACAAAAGUUACUUAGAAUUUAAGUUGCGUUAG